CAAAGAUGCCCAGGGAAAUAAUCACCAUCCAGGCCGGCCAGUGCGGCAACAACGUCGGUGGGCAGUUUUGGCAACAGCUUUGCCAGGAGCAUGGUAUCAACCAAGAUGGAAACCUAGAGGAGUUCGCGACCGAAGGCGGCGAUCGCAAGGACGUGUUCUUCUACCAGAGCGAUGAUACGCGAUACAUUCCCCGAGCGAUCCUACUUGAUUUAGAACCUAGGGUUCUCAACUCCAUCCAAACCGGACCCUACAAGAACAUCUACAACCCCGAGAAUUUCUUUAUUGGGACACAUGGCAGUGGUGCAGGGAACAACUGGGGCGCCGGCUACGCUGCGGGUGAGCAUGUGCAGGAGGAAAUCUUUGACAUGAUUGAUCGGGAAGCGGACGGCAGUGACUCGCUAGAGGGGUUUAUGUUCUUGCAUUCAAUCGCAGGCGGUACUGGCUCCGGUCUGGGGAGUUUCAUUCUGGAGCGCAUGAACGAUCGAUUCCCCAAGAAGUUGAUACAGACAUACUCCGUGUUUCCGGACGCGCAGUCAGCAGACGUGGUGGUCAACCCGUACAACAGCAUACUCACUAUGAGGCGGUUGACGCAGAAUGCCGACUCGGUGGUUGUGUUGGACAAUGGCGCUUUGUCGCGCAUCGUCGCCGACCGACUCCACGUGCAGGAACCGUCGUUCCAGCAGACUAACCAACUCGUCUCUACUGUCAUGUCCGCUUCGACCACCACACUCCGUUACCCCGGAUACAUGCACAACGACCUCGUCGGGAUCAUCGCCUCUUUGAUCCCCACGCCACGCAGCCACUUCCUCCUCACAUCGUACACCCCCUUCACAGGCGACAACAUCGACCAGGCCAAGACAGUGCGCAAGACGACCGUCCUAGACGUGAUGCGUCGACUGUUGCAGCCCAAGAACCGCAUGGUCUCGAUCAACCCCAGCAAAUCCAGCUGCUACAUCAGCAUCCUCAACAUCAUCCAGGGCGAAGCCGACCCGACAGACGUUCACAAGUCCCUGCUCCGUAUCCGCGAGCGACGCCUCGCAUCGUUUAUCCCAUGGGGCCCGGCCAGUAUCCAAGUUGCCCUGACGCGGAAGUCGCCCUACAUCCAGAACACGAACCGCGUGAGCGGCCUGAUGCUCGCGAACCACACAUCCGUCGCGACACUGUUCAAGCGGAUCGUGCAACAGUACGACCGACUGCGAAAGCGCAACGCCUUCCUGGAACAGUACAAGAAGGAAAGCCCCUUCUCCGACGGUCUCGGCGAGUUCGAUGAAGCGCGAGCAGUAGUAAUGGAUCUGAUCGGGGAGUACGAAGCGGCCGAGAAGGAGACGUAUCUGGAUCCGGAUGCUGGCAAGGAAGAGAUGGCCAUGUAGAUUCCCCUUUUUCCCUUUUUCUAUGAUGAUUUCCUAUAGUCCUGUUUUCUUUGCUACCGCUGGUCAGUGAUUUGGUUGUCGAGCUAAACAGGAGUGUUUUUUUUCCGACUGGCACAGGCGUUUUUCACCUGUUAACAUCAUUUAUCUCUUUAUCGCAGUAUGUACGGCGCAGAAUCAAUUAGGUAAAAUGAAAUGAAGAUAUG